AUGGGAUCUUUUGAGGAAAUUUCCAAUGAUGAACCUCUUGUGCAUAUUCAUAUAGUGUUAGUGGAUAGUAAAUGUCCACAAUUCCAGACAGUUUAUAAAAAAAUCAACCGUUCUAUUGAUAUUGAAUUUAGCAGUCUUGAUACCACAAUCAACCUUCAUACCUGGGUUGUAUUGCUUGACUUCCUUGGCCUUGGAGCAAAAUUCAAAGAGGUUGUUCAGUCACCUCGCUACCCAUCUGCCAGUAACAACUCUUCCCUGGAUACAGAAGACAGUUCCAUCCCAUCUGAGCCAGUGAUUAAUUCAGAGAUCCGAAUGAAUAUUGAAAGUUUGACUUUAAUCUUGAACAAACCUGAAUAUGAACUAGCUCGAGCUAAUGUGUCUAAGUUCCAAGCAGAUGUUUCUUUGCGAGAUGGUAACACGCACCUAUCUGGGCAACUUGGUAGUGUUUCCUUAUUAGACCAAUCUCCAUAUGGUUACCUUUUUAGAGAAAAAUUCAUUAGUGUUGGCGACCAAGCAUUGACAUUUGACAUAUUCAAGUAUGGAAUUGAAGAUCCUGGUAUGCAAAGAUCUUAUGAUCUCAGAGUUACUUUGCAUAUGUCAACAGUGCAAUAUACUUACACAGACAGAUUUCAAAGUGAAAUGUCAGCAUUCUGUAUGCAUUUCCUGCAACUGCAUGAUACACUUGGUAGAUUCAGAGCUGCUUCUAUUGGUAAAAAGAUAACACCCACUAUGAUGCGAUCUGCUCGUAUCCAGAUGAACAUUGAAGCUGAUAGCCCAGUCAUCAUGUUUCCACACAGCUACAAAACAACUGAUCUUCUUGUGGCUGAGCUUGGCCAGCUAAAGGUAACCAACCGAUUCUUGUUUGAUGGCAGUGGAGGAACAAUCAAAGCCCAGCAGAAAAAAACAAUUGAUAUAACCGGUGAAGUUCCUGGUUACAGUGAUCAUUUUGAAAGGCAGACAAGUGGCUCUGAUUAUAUCCCUAUGACACAGAGUCUAUUUGAACAAUCAUGUCCAUCACACUCUGCACCAGCUUCUGUUGAUGUUGAGGUUGAUCUCAUGAACCAAAGUAUUUAUGGCAGUCUUGACCAUGACAUUCGGGAAGGGGAACUUGUUGCACCAAACAUGACAGAGUCUAAGUCCUCAGAAAUCUUUGACCCUACUGAGAAUAUAUCUGCCGAUUCAAGUAUUUUGCUUACGCCACUUGAAUCUGUUUCACCUGGCAACUUCUCUGUGUUGGAUAAUCGUUUUCAGCCAGACUGCAGCCGAGACACUCUGUCACCCACCAUGGGCACAAAACUCUGCAAAAAGUUGAGUGCACCAUUGUUGGCACAGGAAAAAAAGAUGUUGAAUCCAUUCCAGCUGUCUGUGCAGCAAAGCAUGGCGUUUUCCAGGCAUGAUCCUUCCACACACAUUUGCCUGCUGGACGUGAUGUCUGUUACACUUACUGACAUGGACUUCUACUCAGCUGAGCUCCGCAAAACCAGCAGUGGACCUGAUGGACCGAUUUAUAACCUGGAGAGAGAGCCUGGCAAGAUAUUAAAGGAUAAGUGUGAACUGCUGCUUCAAGUUGAACGUAAUUUGGACCAGAGACUCAGUCACUCAGCACCCAACAUUCACAUGACUGGCAAAUUGUCCUCAAUUCAUGCAUUCAUCACUCUGAAACAGUACAAACUGCUUCGGGGAAUUCUUGCUCACAAUUUGGGUGAGAAGCUUCCUGAAUUUCAAAGACCUGUGAUGACCUAUUUGAAGGACCCCAGGAAUGAGCCCUUACCAAGUGACAUAGUAUGGACCAACAUGCUGAUGGAGAUUGACCUUCGAAACAUCACAGUUGAAUUACUUUUUGAUCGAAAUAGUGGGUCAGACAAUCCAUUGGCUCGCUUUGAUUUCAUUCACUCUAACCUCUUGGUCAAAAUUCGAUCUAAUGGCACAAAAGAUGUGGACUUGGUUUCAGAUGAAAUCCGUGCUGUCGAUACACGAUACAAAAACAUGUCAACAGGCAAGGCACCAAGUGUGUUUUCUAAUAUCCUCCAGCCUUCAAAACAGGCAGACGGUACCAGUAAGCUCCAAAUGGAGCUUUACUUUCAGUUUACCAGUCAAGUAACUCUCUUCACUGUACUACUUAACAACAUGCGCCUCAUGUGUAUCUUUGAUUGGUUACUGGCGGUCAACAACUUUCUAACAACACCAAUUGAUGACCCAUUUUCUGAUACUAAAUCCCAAGUUUCUGUUAAUGAAGACGACGAGGAGACAAAAUCUCAUGAGCCUAGCAAAGAUUCGGUGCCUUUACUGCGACCUCAUAGUCCCCUGAAUAUCUCUCAGGGAAUAGUCACAAGACGCCGACCAGCCAUUGAACAAGUGGAAGUACCAUUUGAGUUAAAGGUAAAUGUGAGAAACACACAGUUUGUGGUUGUUGCAGACAUGUCAACAUGGGAUACAGAAGCAGCUAUACUGAAGUGUACAGCUGUACUUCGUUACCGACCCAAGGCACAGGAUUUACCUCUGUCAUGCAGUCUACAGAGUUUAGAAGUGUUUUCUUGCUUUCUGAUGGAAGAAGAGGAGACAGCACUGUCAAUCAUUGAUCCUACCAGUGUCAACAUAGAGAUGAAUGCCAAUCCUUUGCCUGACCGAGGUGCAUCACGUAUAACAGGAUUACUGGAUGCUCCAGCAGUGGAACACCCACUCGUAUUGGAGAUAAACAUGAAUCUGCUGAACAUUCGUCUAUCAUACAAUGACAUGAAAAUGUUCAUGGCUGUUUUUGACUCCUUGCCCCAACAAGCAAUUAACGCCCGAACCUUACAAAAUAUUAAUUUCAAGUUCCCAGAAACUGUAAAAUGUACUACAACUGGCAGAGAUAUGUUGCCAGAUAGAGAAAGUUCUGUAGAUGCACCUCCUGAAACCUACAUAUCUGUCAGGCGCUCCAGUGAGACCAAUUAUGAAGGUCCACUCACCCUGACUGGUAUUGAGGUGAAAGCUGGUUCUAUUUGCAUAUGUCUUAUUGAUGAUUGUAAAGACGCGGAUGUACCUUUGGCUGAGAUCUCCUUUAAUCAAUUGGAUCUUCAUCAACAUCUCUUACCUAAAAAAGCUGGCCGAGGUGUUUUCAAACUGGUUGGUGAUUACUACAAUCGCAAACUUUCUGGAUGGGAACCAUUUAUUGAGAACUGGAAAUGUAAUACAAGUUGGGAAUUCACAGAUGCACCUGAAGAGAAACUGGAAGUGAAGGUUGAAUCCAUUGAAUGUCUUAAUAUAAACCUGACUAGUGCCUUCAUUGAUCAAUACACCAAAACCAGACUCAAAUGGACAGAAGAUUACUACAAAAAUGCUGAAGAGAAUAAGAUAUCUGCCAAAGACAGUGUCUCUUCAUCUAAGCAGACAGUUGCCAAAAGAUUUGGUCUUCAAAAACGUAUUCCUUUUGUGCCUUUUGUGAUUCGAAAUCACACAGGUUUACCUUUCCACUUUCUGACUAUGACGACAACACCUGCCUGUGUGUCCGGGGUUGAUACCAAACACAACAGGCUUGAAAAAAAUAAUGACUCUUAUAUUAUGGCAACUGAAUGGAAACAAGUUGAACCAAAUGAAGAAAUGCCAUUCUUUUUCCAACGACGAGAGAAAAUAAGACACAAAGAGACUCAUGAACUUCGAGUCAACCAAUUGGUGGGAAAAGCUGAGGGAUGGCAGAAAAUGAGUGCUGUAACUGUUGACAAAGUUGGGGUGUAUUUCCGUGAUGCCCAGCCUGACGAGAAAGUGAUUCGUAGCCAGAAAGCUGUUCGGCGACAAGAAGCCUUACGACAACAAGUGGCUCGCUUUGUUUUUGAUGUCACACAAGAGGGCAGUGCACGAAAAGUUAUCAUUGUUAGAUCUGCAUUGAUCAUUGUUAACAAAUUACACAUGCCCGUUACCAUUUCUAUGUAUCCGUUUGGUGGUUUGGAUGAAUCACUUGUGAAACGGACAACAGUUCUAGAACAAAACAACCAGAGUUCUGUGCCAAUUCUUUAUACAUCAGCCUCAUUGUGUGUACGACCUUGCAACAUGAAUGUUGAAGAGUGUUGUGAGCCACUUUAUUGGGAUAGGGUACGCAAAAUGGAUGACAUAUCUGAUUACCACCGUGUGUGUAACCCUAAACCACAUAAUACAGAAUCUUUCAGGUUUUGUGUGUCUGUACGACGAGGUAAGUACCCAGAAGAUAGCCAUGGCCGAGACUACAGCAUUCCUGCACACACAAUUACCUUACAGCCACCUGUCACUCUAUGCAAUUUACUCCCCAUUGAGAUGGCUUACUACUUCAAGAACACUUCCAUGAAGGGACAAGUGGAAGCAGGACAACAUGCUUCACUUUAUCAGGCUGAUUUGAGCCGACAUCUGGAACUUGGAAUCCAGCUUGAAAAUUUCCGUGAGUGCCAUGAAUUAAUGAUACCUCCUGGUACCACCAAUUAUAAAGCCAUAUUUGAACUUUAUGACUCUGAAAAACGCAUGCUGGCCCUAACUGUACGAAUUAUUGCCCGAAAGGGAGGGGCACUCAAGCUGCUCAUCUCGGCCCCUUACUGGCUUGUCAACAAAUCUGGUGUUCCACUCAUUUUCAAACAAGAACUCACUCGAAAUGAAGCAGCUGGGCAAUCUGAAGAUCAUGAGAAGGCAAAAAGUGUAACCCCAUUACUCUUCAGUUUCACUGACAAGGAAGCACCAAACAGAUGUUCAAUGAGAGCAGGAAAGCUAACAAUGCCAAAUGAAAACAUUUUUCCUCAAUGGUGUUCCCGUUUCUCUCUUGAUAGUGGCAUUGGAACUCGUCAAGUACACAUCUCCUCAAAAGAUACUAACAGUCCUGACUGGGUGUUUACUAUUGGAAUUGAAGUCAAGCAAGGGCGUGGUAUGUAUCGGGACACCAAUAUUGUGACUUUUGCUCCACGGUACUGUAUUGACAACCAAUCAAAUUACAAACUAUCCAUUGCACAACGACAUUUUACUAAAGAAGAGAAUGAUCUAGAAAGUGUUGUGCGAUUCCUGAUAGCACAUCCUAAAAGUUCUAUGCCGUUUCAUUGGCCACGGGUAGACUUUGACACCCUCCUCUGUGUAAAAGUGGUUGAUGAAGAGCAGCAGUAUCAUUGGUCAGGUGGUUUCAGAAUUGACAAAGUUGAUUCAUUUCAUAUAAACAUAAGAGAUCUCUAUGGCAAUUCUUUGCUUCUGAAAGUUGAAGUUAUACUUAUUGGACCAACACUCCAUGUUUUAUUCUACAACUCUGAUGACAUGCCACCACCCUUCCGUAUUGAUAACUACUCUUUGAUUCCCAUUGAAUACUACCAGAGUAGUGUUAAGGAAGUGGUUUUGCGACAAUAUAUCAAACCAAUGACGUCAUUACCCUAUGCUUGGGAUGAGCCUAUUCUUGAGCCCUAUAUCACUCUGGGCAUAUCUGGAGGAACCUGUGCCACCUACAACAUGAACAAACCCGGUGAUGGAGAACAGCUUUGUUACCAAAACUUCAUAUUUCUGGCUGCAACUUCCACAUUCAUUGGGGAUAUGAACAUAAAGACAUCUUCAACCUCUCAUGGUUCCGCUUCUGAAGAAUUGGUUCUUGAUGCUAUCAGUUCUCGUAUUGUGUUUAAAAGAAAGGAACUAGGAAAAAGAUCCCAACUCUGGCGUAUGACAGGUGAAGGCAUGUUAGAAAAUGAAGGGUCUGCUCCACCCCAAGAACCAGGAAAAGUCACACGUAAUGUGCUUGGUUUGGUGUUGGACACAUCAGAUAUCGCCCCUCAGCCUGGUAAAUGUGUGCCCCUAAUUCUACGUAAACCAGAUGAACGCAGGAGAGCUACACAGUUGUGGAAAUUCACUGAUGAUGGAAUGUUAAUGUGUGCUAAUGGUACAAUGUGUGUUCAGGCUGUUGAUGCUACCUCUGGCCUCCAGGAUGAUUCUAUUGCACUGUUGGGUCCUGGACCGCCUAAGACAUGUAAAAAAAUUCCCCGUCACAUGCAGAUCUCUCGUCAGAAACAACGUCCUGGUUCAGGUUGCCUCAGUGUUAUGGUGCUUAUGGAUGGACCUGUGAGAGUGCUGCAUAUUUCUGAUAUCCAAAAAACAUUUGGUGGUGCUGGCCCUUCCAGCCCAGCCUGUUCCCCCAUGCCAUGGAGUAGACCAUAUCACGCAAGUACUAGCGGGGCUACAUUCAAGCAUUCCAGUGUUACAGAUCCAACGUUAGAUGACUGGCAUGUAAUUGAUCCUCUUGAUUCACCCUCUGACUUCAAACGCAAUCUUGAACAACAACAGAAACAAAAACAAAAGAUCACACUUCAGGGUGUAAUAAACUUGCCUCGUGGUGUAGGGAUUUCGUUAGUAAACCGUGUUCCUGAAGAACUAGUCUAUAUCUUGUUAAAGAAUAUAGAUAUCCGGUGUUGCAGCAAAGAGGGAACUCUUAUUACUGAGUGUAGCAUUGGUAAUGUACAGAUUGACAACCAGUUAUUUAGUGCUCAACGUCCAGUUCUCUUGUCCAUUGCACCUUCCAAGGCAGACAUGCCAGAUAAUACUCCAGCUUUACACAUGGCAUUUCAUAAAAAUCCAUCACAAUGGAAUGUUGAAAUAUUUAAGCACCUGAUCAUUUCUGUACGCAAAGUGAAGUUACAUUUAGAGGAGGAGCUGCUGUUAAAACUGCUGCAUUUCACGGGCACUCAUGAAACAGAUGAAGACUCUCAAUUUAUAGAGUCUACUUCUGGCAGUCAGCGCCCUGUGUUACAGGCAGCUGCCAGUCCUCCUCAGAACCAUCGAUAUUUUUUUGGCCUGCUACGGCUAAAUACACGUCGGAUCUCCCUCAGCAUGCUGACAUCACCUAACCUGUCUCCAGAUUUGAAAGUUAUCAAAAAUAAAAUGUCUCUUCAUUGGAUUAGUUUUGAAGAUGCAACAGUUGAUCUGGGGUCUUAUAAUCGUCAACAUGUAUUUGAGACCAGCACUUUCUUGAUCAAUGAAAUAAAAUCCCACUAUACUGAUGAGUUGAGAGGUCAAGCUGCCAAAAUUCUUGGUUCUAUAGACUUUUUGGGAAACCCUCUUGGCUUAUUUAAUGAUUUCACAGAAGGUAUUUCUGGCUUGAUCAAAGAUGGAAACUUUGGUGGAUUGCUGAAAAAUGUUACACAUGGUGUAUCCAAUUCGACUGCAAAGGUAACAAGCUCCCUAUCUGAUGGCUUGACAAUUGUUACAAUGGAUGAGAAACACUCAAAGAAGAGAACUCAAAUCAUGUCAGAACAUGCAACUGGCCAUUCUUCUGAUCACUUGAAGGCCGGUUGCAAAAGUCUUGUUUUUGGAAUUGUUGGGGGCCUGACCAGUGUGGUCAACCAAAGCUAUGAGGGUGCCAGGGAUGAUGGCCUGGGGGGUUUUAUCACAGGCCUGAGCAAAGGUUUGGUUGGGACCGUAAUCAAGCCAGUAGCUGGAGUGCUUGAUUUUGCUACUGCAGCAGCAACUGCUGCUCGUGAGACAAGUCGUCGUUCUCAUAAGAUCCAAGUACGUGUGAGAGAACCUCGAUGUUGUCAUGGACUUGGUGGCCUGCUGCCACACUACAACUUGAACCAUGCCAAACAGCAAAUGAAUAUUCAUUUAUUAAAUGGAAACCAACUUGAUGAACUCUUCAUUGCUUGGGAACAAGUGCGUAAAGAAGUUAAUGGAAGGCUUUGUGCUCUGAUUACAAACCAAAAGGUUUACUUUUUGAUGUGUGAUAAAGGCUCUGAACAACAGAUUGAUUACCAAAUCUACCAUCGAGACAUCCAAUUCUGCAUGCCUGUUUCAAAAAAUGAUUGCUACUAUGUUAAAUUUGUAAAGAAGUAUUCUCUGAAAAGUCCACCUUACAUCCGAUCACGAUACUUUUGCUAUUGCUCAACGGGUAUCUCAACAGAUUCUGUAUGCACUUCGUUUACAUCAAGAGAUUCAACAAACUUUGCCUGCUGA